CUACAUGUCACGACAUGACUCGGAGUUCGCCGAUCCAACGACUUACAUGAUUGAGGAGACGUGGGUCAAUUUCAGUCUCCCCUCUAUCAAGUCAGCUACUGUUUUGAUACUCCUCGGUUUAGUCAUCUCCUGCAGCCUCUGCGCCACCCAUUUCCUAACACAGAGGGAGCGAGCGAUACACAAAGGGACACUCGUGGGCUUCACCCCGGUAUCCAGUGCUGAUGAGAAGUUGCGGCCAACCCCAAAGCCCCGGUAUCCGGCGGUGGACUAUUUCAGAGGGUUGAAUGUCGUAUUCGUCGUUAUAUUUCAUUUGAUGUGGGCCCUGGGAGUCUGUAAGAUGAUUCCCAAUCAACCUCGUAUUUACCAAUACAAUCUACCUAUAACGGGUUACCUAUGCUUCGCAGCAAUUUAUAGUACUUCAUUCGUUUGGGGGAAUCUGACUCGUCCGAUUCACCCAUACAUCCAGUACUUCAUAUUCUCUCUUACCUGUACUUUGUGCAUCUACAUAGUGUGCUGGGAAACCGAGAGAUCCGGCGUAUGCAUAAUAAUGCUGUGUGUUGGACUGUCCUUAGCGAUAGUCCACGAGGACCGAAUCAAAUGGAGAAACGUCAUUGUAAGGACGCUGAAGCUAGGAGCAGCAGCAGGAGCUAUAAGCGCUAUAACGUAUACCUUUAUCCCCAAAGCUCCUAUCUACUUCGGCGCCAUUCACUGCAUAGCGCUCAAUACCCUACUGACCAUGUUCUUCGUCAGAACCCCUCGUAUCGCCCUUAUCGGCUUCAUCUGCAUCCAGAUUUACACUAUGGCAGGAAAUGUGUUCCCCCUGGAAGUUCCCAGUGACCGUCCCUCAGCCGAUACGACUCCGUGGUUCCACAACCUUGGAUACUGCUUGCUCGGCGUCUGGCUUCACAGCGUGGGCAUUCAUAAGAUAACGGCUAUCGAAUUGAUACCAGGCAAACCCAUGCAUCUCGAGGAUACAGUCUUCACAUUUAUCGGCCGACAUGCUCUGAUGGUCUAUCUGGCCCACAUGAUACCUGUCCUUGUUGUAGUUGGACUGUCUAUCCUCCGGGAAUCGUAGCCGUAUCCUUCU